AUGUCAUUGAUUUCCUCCCACUCCAGACUAUCUCUCACCCAGACUAUCUCUCACCACAGACCAUCUCUCACCCCAGACUAUCUCGCACCACAGACUAUCUCUCACCCCAGACUAUCUCUCACCACAGACAAUCUCUCACCCCAGACUAUCUCUCACCACAGACAAUCUCUCACCCCAGGCUAUCUCUCACCCCAGACUGUCUCUCACCCAGACUAUCUCUCAUCCAGACUAUCUCUCACCACAGACUAUCUCUCACCCCAGACUAUCUCUCACCCAGACAAUCUCUCACCCCAGACUAUCUCUCACCCAGACUAUCUCUCACAGCAGACUAUCUCUCAUCCAGACUAUCUCGCACCCAGACAAUCUCUCACCCCAGACUAUCUCUCACUCCAGACUGUCUCUCACCCAUACCAUCUCUCACCCCAGACUAUCUCUCACCCCAAGACUAUAUCUCACCCAGACUAUCUCUCACCCCAGACUAUCUCUCAUCCAGACUAUCUCUCACCCAGACCAUCUCUCACCUCAGACCAUCUCUCACCACAGACAAUCUCUCACCCAAGACUAUCUCUCACCCCAGACAAUCUCUCACCCCAGACUAUCUCUCACCCAGACUAUCUCUCACCCCAGACUAUCUCUCACCACAGACCAUCUCUCACCCCCAGACUAUCUCUCACCCAGAUUAUCUCUCACCCGACUAUCUCUCAUCCAGACUAUCUCUCACCCAGACUAUCUCUCACCACAGACCAUCUCUCACCCCCAGACUAUCUCGCACCCCAGACUAUCUCUCACCCAGACUAUCUCUCACCACAGACUAUCUCUCACAGCAGACUAUCUCUCACCACAGACCACCUCUCACCCAAGACUAUCUCUCACCCCAGACUAUCUCUCACCCCAAGACUAUCUCUCACCCCAGACUAUCUCUCACCCCAGACUAUUUCUCACCACAGACCAUCUCUCACCCCAGACUACUUCUCACCCCAAGACUAUCUCGCACCCCAGACAAUCUCUCACCCCAGACUAUCUCUCACAGCAGACUAUCUCUCACCCCAGACUAUCUCUCACCACAGACCACCUCUCACCCCAGACUAUCUCUCACCCCAGACUAUCUCUCACCCCAGACUAUCUCUCACCCCAGACUAUCUCUCACAGCGGCUAUCUCUCACCCCAGGCUAUCUCUCACCACAGACCAUCUCUCACCCUAGACUAUCUCUCGUCCCAGACUAUCUCUCACCCCAGACCAUCUCUCACACCAGACUAUCUCGCACCACAGACUAUCUCUCACCCCAGACUAUCUCUCACCACAGACAAUCUCUCACCCAGACUAUCUCUCACCCCAGACUAUCUCUCACCCCAGACUAUCUCUCACCCCAGACUAUCUCUCACCCCAGACUAUCUCUCACCCCAGACUAUCUCUCACCCCAGACUAUCUCUCAUCACAGACCAUCUCUCACCCCAGACAAUCUCUCACCCCAGACUAUCUCUCAUCACAGACCAUCUCUCAUCACAGACCAUCUCUCACCCCAAGUUAUCUCGCACCCCAGACUAUCUCUCACCACAGACAAUCUCUCACCCCAGACUAUCUCUCACCACAGACCAUCUCUCACCCCAGACUAUCUCGCACCCCAGACUAUCUCUCACCCCAGACUAUCUCUCACCACAGACUAUCUGUCACCCAGACUAUCUCUCACCCAAGACUAUCUCUCACCCCAGACUAUCUCUCACCCAGACUUUCUCUCACCACAGACCAUGUCUCACCCCAGACUAUCUCGCACCCCAGACUAUCUCUCACCCCAGACUAUCUCUCACCCCAGACUAUCUCUCACCCCAGACUGUCUCUCACCCAGACUAUCUCUCACCCCAGACUAUCUCUCACAGCAGACUAUCUCUCACCACAGACCACCUCUCACCCCAGACUAUCUCUCACCCCAGACUAUCUCUCACCACAGACUAUCUCUCACCCCAGACUAUCUCUCACCUCAGACUAUCUCUCACCCCAGACUAUCUCUCACCACAGACUAUCUCUCACCCCAGACUAUCUCUCACCCCAGACUAUCUCUCACAUCAGACUAUGUCCCUCAUGAUAACAUGUUGGCUGCAUUCAUAUAG